AUGAAGUGUUUUUCAUUCCAAUCUGGUAAUAAGAAAGAUGAACCGAAAGGCUUGCAAUCCGCGUCGGGCCGGUCGGACAGUUCUGCGUAUGUUGAUGUUGAAGGAAGAAGAUGUGGUUCUGAGUUGAAUUCUCAGGAUGUUUCGGAUAGUGGCAGCGUGGAAUCCCUCAGGAGGAACGCGCCUCCUAAUUUGUCCCAAAGGCCGAGUAACCUUAGAGUGUUUACUGUAUCUGAACUGAAAUCGGCCACAAAGAGUUUCAGUCGAUCGGUUAUGCUUGGAGAGGGCGGGUUCGGUUGUGUCUAUCAGGGCGUAAUUAGAAGUGUAGAUGACCCUUCCAGAAGAAUUGAGGUUGCUGUUAAACAACUUAGUAAAAGAGGAGUGCAGGGGCAUAGGGAAUGGGUGACAGAAGUGAAUGUUUUAGGCAUUGUUGAGCAUCCAAAUCUUGUGAAACUUGUGGGAUACUGUGCCGAUGAUGACGAAAGAGGAAUCCAACGGCUUCUGAUAUAUGAAUACAUGCCGAACAAAAGCGUGGAACACCAUUUAUCUCAUCGCGCGGAGACUCCUCUCCCAUGGAGCAGAAGAUUAAAAAUAGCACAAGACGCUGCUCGUGGAUUAACAUACCUGCAUGAAGAAAUGGAUUUUCAGAUAAUUUUCAGAGAUUUCAAAUCUUCGAAUAUCCUUUUGGAUGAUCAGUGGAAUGCCAAGCUAUCCGACUUUGGGUUAGCGAGACUGGGACCAUCGGAUGGACUAACUCAUGUCUCAACAGCGGUUGUAGGAACAAUGGGGUACGCAGCUCCUGAAUAUCUCCAAACCGGACGUCUCACAUCGAAGAAUGACGUAUGGAGCUACGGUGUUUUCCUUUACGAGAUCAUUACUGGCAGACGCCCUUUAGAUAGAAAUCGCCCCAAGGGUGAACAAAAGCUGUUGGAAUGGAUAAAGCCAUACCUAUCAGAUACAAAGAAAUUUCAACUGAUAUUGGAUCCAAGACUUGAUAAGAAACAAGUACUCAAAUCAGCCCAAAGACUUGCUACGAUAGCUAACCGGUGCUUAGUUAAGAACCCAAAGAAUCGCCCGAAGAUGAGCGAGGUUUUGGGAAUGGUGAAUGGAAUAGUAGACUCAUCUUCCGACGCUAAUUCACAACUACCCUUGAAGAAUGUUUCGAGAGUAGAAGUUUCUCCAGACAAUGAAAUAAACAGCGCGAAGAAACGGAGCAUGGUUCAGAAGUCUAGAGAAAGUAAUUGGUUUUUUAAGAUGUGGAGACCAAAGCUUUUAAGAACAUGA